GGAAAAUCACUCUCUUCAAAAACAAAAGCCAAACCCUUCAAAAGCAACCGAAGGCGAGAAAAAUGACGGAAGAAGAAACUCUCAAUCUGCACCUGCACAAGCUCUCAUCCAAAUCCAACGAAACCACAGCCAUCGAUCACAUCCUUGAAACUCUAUGGAAGACGAGGAAGACUGGCCUUGGGCCCCACCAGAAAACCUACAUCCAAUCCCUCCUCAAUCUGCCUACUCCCCAAGAACUCGAUCCGGUUUUGGCAUGCCUCCGUUGGCUUAUCAGGAAGUGUGUACACGAUAAUCUCGCUGGCAAUGAUAUUCAAAAGCUAUUCCCCCUCGACCUUCCUUUUGAACUUCAAAGCACUCUUAUGAUGCUACUUCAGAAAUAUCAGAGUCAGUGGAAGGAAGAAGCAUCAAGAGACCAGAGGUCACGAGUUUCUUGUCAAGUUAAAGUCAAUGCACCCCUUGUGACCAUGCCUCUCCUAGCUUCGGAAAUGUCAUCGUCAAUGUGGCCUCGGCAAGAUGAUGCCACCCGUAGUUUUAACCGUAAUGAUCUUGGCUCUCCAAUGCCGAUUGCUGCUGAUCCGAAUUUGCCACGCAUGGCCUUGGUGUCUCAUCAUCGAGAUGAUGGCCCUCCCGAUAAUCUGGCAAUCCUUCCCCGCCUUAAGUCAAUGACUUGGACAAUGGAGAACCGGAAAUCAGCACCAGCUAAUAGGGUGGCUGUCAUCACUCUGAAGCUGCAAGAUUUUUCCAAGACUCCUUCAGGAGAAACGGAGGUGAAGUUCCAGCUUUCUAGAGACACGCUUGAAGCCAUGUUGAGAUCAAUGGCCUACAUCAGCGAGCAGCUCUCGAAUGCGGUGGCGCUUCCAACUGGACCCGCACAGAAGAAACAAAGGCAGUAGUAUCAUAUUGGAAGAUCUAGCAUUCUUGUCGAUGGGUGUUUUCUACAAUGAUCGGCCCGGGAGUUUCUUGGGUUUUCAGUUUAUACAAGCACACUGCACGCCUCAUGGUUCAGAGGCCCUAGCCAUUGAUAUGAUGAUCACAACCAGCUGGUCCAUUCAAGAAAAAUUCCCACACUGGAAGAUCCUAGCCAUCCAAAACUCUCUUUUUUAUGGAUCAAUAUUGGUCUUUGCUGUAUUUUCUUUCUUCACGUCUGUUGCAGGACACAGGAUUUUUCACAUCUGGGAAAUUUUUUGGUGCAUACACCAGCAAAAGUGGGUCCAACCACAUCAACGGUUUUUAUUACUGAACCACGGGCCUUGUACGACCUAAAAACCUGAGCAACUGUAGAAGCUCACAGGCUGGGCAUUCUAUUCCAUCUCUGGUUUCUACCCCUUUGUGCCAUAUCAGCAUCGCCGACAGCAUCUAGGCAAGUGAACAGGUGCAUGUAAUUGCAACAUCAGGAUUUUGGAUGAUUUGGGAAUUGGGUUCUCUGCAAAAAGGCACAUCUCAACCUCAUAUGUGCUGAAAGAUGUUUUAUUGCAUAUGUGCUUCAUGAUUCAUGUAGCGGACACAAUUAAUUGUGAUAAGGCUUAGAUGAUUAUUUGAA